AUGGAACGCGGACUGCCCAAUGAUGCAGCUAAUCAUAUGCUCUCUUUUGGUCGAGGUAGACCACAUCCACCGCUACUGCCGGACCGCGAGGACUAUGUCGUCGAUUUUGACGGGCCAGAUGACCCGGCUUUUCCUCAGAACUGGCCGAUGCGCACUAGGCUGUAUAUCAGCGUCAUGCUUGCAUUCACCUGCAUCAGCUCGACCUUCGACUCCGCCGUUUUUAGUCCAUCCAUGAGCGCAGUGGCCAAGGAAUUCCAUGUCAGUGUCGAAGUGGCGGCUUUGGCAAGCUCAGUCUACAUUGCUGGCUAUGCGUUUGGCCCUCUAGUCUGGGCUCCUCUGUCUGAGCGCCAUGGUCGCCGGCUCCCUAUCGUCGUGGCUAUGCUGGGCUUCGGUAUUUUCAAUACGGCUGUUGCUGUGUCCAAAGACCUCCAGACCCUGAUAAUUUGUCGCUUCUUUUGUGGUGUAUUCGGUAGCAGUCCGCUCAUCAAUGUUGCCGCUAUCUUCGCUGAUAUGUAUGACAAUUCGACACGUGGGAUCGCUAUUGCCCUCUUUUCUAAUACUGUCUUCCUGGGCCCGCUAGUUGCAUCCUGUGUUGGAGGGUUUAUAAACAAGUCAUAUCUUGGCUGGAGAUGGACUGCUUAUAUACCCUCAUUUAUGGGAUACACAACAUGUAUUCUUAAUCUGCUAUUUCUCAAGGAAACCUAUGCGCCACAAAUUCUGACUUCAAAAGCAAUCAAAAUGCGCCAAAUUACCGGCAAUUGGGGUAUCCAUGCGAAACAGGAGCAGGUCGAACUUACUCCACAUGAUUUGGUUGUCAACAACCUAGGGCGGCCACUGCAAAUGCUUUUCAAAGAGCCGCUUAUUAUAGCUGUCACGAUUUACCUCAGCUUUGUUUACGGCUUACUCUACUGCUUUUUAUCUGCUUACAGUAGCAUCUUUCAAGGUGUCUAUGCCAUGUCUCCCGGUGUCAGCGGGCUUCCGAUGCUGUCCAAUGUCGUGGGCCUGCUCGCUGCAACGGUUUACAUGGUCUACGUGAAUAAGACCUACAACGCCAAGCUAAAGGCCAACAACAAUAUCCCUAUUCCAGAGUGGCGACUACCGCCAGCAAUUGUGGGCGGCGUUCUAUUUUCCGCAGGGCUCUUCUGGCUCGGCUGGACUGGGUUCACGGACACCAUCCAUUGGAUCGUCCCGACCCUGAGCGGUCUCUUCACAGGUGCCGGUUUGCUCAUGAUUUUCAUUCAAUUGUUCAACUACCUUAUUGAUACAUAUCUCGCCUACGCUGCAUCUGCGUUAGCAGCAAACACCUUCUGCCGCUCGCUCGUGGCAGCAGGGUUCCCGCUCUUUUCGUCGCAGAUGUUUGCCAAUAUGGGCAUUCAGUGGGCGGGCACACUGUUGGGCUGUUUAGCUGUGGCCCUGGUACCGAUUUCUCUGGCAUUCCUGCUUUAUGGAAAGCGUCUGCGGUUAAGAAGCCAGUUUGCCCCAGUACUGGACAAGGAGUCGUAA